AUGAUUGGAUUACCGCGUAGCGAUAGAGAUAGAGAUCGAAUAACGGUGAAAAUUCGUAACAUGAAGAGGAGUUCGUCCAGGGAUAGUAUGCCGCGAUCGAAGAGAACACGCAGUAGUAUAGGCAGGUAUGACGACAGCUCCGACGAGCGCGUCACUCCUGAACGAGUUCGCCGUCGGGUCCGCUCGCCGAGCCCCCGGGGUCGUUAUGUGUCGCCCCAUCGCGAUGACUAUGUGAGGUCCCGUGACGUCAGAGAGGAUUCCGUUCGUCCUUAUUACAAAGUUUUAUGUGUCAGUGCACUUCACCCAAAAGCUUCAGAUGAAAUUGUCAAAGAUACUCUUUACAGAGAAUACAAGAAAUUCGGAGACUUCAGCAUCAAAAUUUCCCACGAAUUAGAUGAGAGAGUUGCUUAUGUGUGCUUUCGUAGUGCAGAAGACGCCCGAGAUGCUAAACAUGCCAAGCCAAGGAUUAUUUUAUAUGAUAAAGUGGCUAUUGUUGACCCAGUUUAUGAACCAGUUCGUGCUGAAUACAGAAGCCGACCAAGAAGCAUAACACCACCUGAUUAUGAGCGACCUUAUUCUUAUGCUUGGUCUCCAGUGCCUGAGAGACGUAGACCUCCUCCAGAUGAUAGGGCCUAUGGUAUACCUCCAACUGUUCCUCCUCAUCAUAGAGAUUUUCGACCUCCUAUGCAUGAGUACCCUAUGGCUGGGCCUCAUGGUCCCCCAAUGCAUCACAGACCACCUAUGCAUCACCCACCACACCCUCAUUACAUGCCUCGCCCUUACAUGCCACGCCCCCACCACCCACCUUUUGAGAAAAUUGAGAAUAAGAAAGACAAAUUUCCCAACUAUUUGCACCAUGUCCAGCCAGAAGAUGAUCCAUUGGCUACUAGAACUCUCUUUGCUGGUAACUUGGAGAUAAACAUUUCAGAUGAAGAGCUAAGACGCAUAUUUGGGCGCUAUGGUAUAGUGGAGGACAUAGAUAUAAAACGCCCACCACCAGGUACUGGGAAUGCUUUUGCAUUUGUCCGCUAUCAAACAUUAGACAUGGCCCACAGGGCUAAAGUGGAACUUUCUGGCCAGUAUAUUGGCAAAUUCCAAUGUAAAAUAGGAUAUGGCAAGGCAACUCCUACUACACGUGUAUGGGUGGGUGGACUAGGUCCUUGGACAUCUGUUGCUCAAUUGGAGAGGGAAUUUGAUAGAUUUGGAGCAAUUAAAAAAAUUGAAUAUGCUAAAGGAGAACCUCAUGCUUACAUAUUGUAUGAUUCAAUUGAUGCAGCCCAGGCUGCUGUAAAAGAGAUGAGAGGUUUUCCACUAGGUGGUCCAGAAAGACGUUUACGAAUUGAUUUUGCUGAUGUUGGCACUGGGGGUCCUUAUAGACCAAAGCCUUAUGCACCACCUGUUGGUGAAGAUGGUAGACCUGUAGAAGGUUAUGAAGGAUAUGAAGGUUGGGAAGAAGGUUAUGCAUAUGGAACCCCUGGAUACAGAGGCAGAGGUGGCCAUCGGGGUCGAGGGCGGGGAAUGUACCGCGGAGUUUAUCAUGGUUCAGGGGAUUAUCGUGAAGAAGAGUGGAGGCGUGCACCAGCUGAUGCAGAAUAUGAAGGACGUGUUCGACGUUCCGGUUCACGGGAACCGGGCGUGGAUCGCUCGCGGUCUCGUACGCCACGGCGUCGGUCUCCCGACAGUGACUCAGAUGGAUCCCCACGUCGUAGUGGUGGAAUGCUGGCAUCGGCUCGGACUUUACCAGAAGUUGUUCGCAAAGCCACUACUAUAUGGAAUGGUGCACUGAUCUUAAAGAAUUCCUUGUUCCCUACUAAGUUCCAUUUAACUGAUGGUGAUUCUGAGAUUAUUGAUAGUCUGAUGAAAGAUGAAGAUGGCAAAAAUCAGCUAAGAAUCACACAAAGAUUGCGUUUGGAUCAACCAAAACUAGAUGAUGUUCAAAAGCGCAUUGCAACCUCCAGUUCGCAUGCUAUAUUCUUGGGUGUGGCAGGGUCUACAGCUUCUGUUACAAAUGAAGAUGCAAGUAUUCAGACUAGACCCAUGAGGAACUUGGUCUCCUACUUGAAACAGAAAGAAGCAGCAGGUGUGAUUUCCUUGCUUAACAAAGAAACAGAGGCAACAGGCGUGUUGUAUUCAUUCCCACCUUGUGAAUUCUCUACUGAACUUCUCAAGAGGACAUGUCACAACCUUACUGAGGAAAGUCUAAAGGAAGACCAUUUGGUGAUAGUAGUAGUGAGGGGUGGCUCAGCCUAG